AUGAUUGACGGCAGAGAGCCUGCCAUUGCGGCACACUUCUAUCGCAUACCACGCAUUUCCGGCCAGAUUGUGGGCAUUUGGCCGCAGCAUCCACGCCCCUGCCACGCCCAGAUCCUUUUCAUGUUCGCCCUCGCGGUGGUGCUGCUGGGCGCUGUGGGUGAGUGUCUGUACGGCUUUGUGCACCUGGAUAACCUGGUAACAGCACUGGAGGCCUUCUGCCCCGGCACCACCAAGGCCGUCUGUGUGCUGAAGCUCUGCGUCUUCUUUGGCAGCCACAGAAGGUGGCACGACUGGGUCCAGCGAUUGCGAGGCAUGCUCUGGGCCCACCAUCGGCCCGAGGGCCAGCAGAUGCUAGUGGAGCUCUCGACCAUAGCCAAUCGACUCAGCCUGUUGCUGCUCAGCUCCGGCACCAUGACCAAUACCGCAUUCAAUGUGCAGCCCCUAAUUAUGGGUCUCUAUCGAUGGAUGAGCCAGCUGCCAGGCCAAAUUGAAUUGCCCUUCAACAUCAUUCUGCCCACGUUUGCCGUGGAGCCGCCGCUGUUUCCGCUCUCCUACGUGCUGCUGACCGCUUCCGGGGCAUGCACAGUGUUUGCCUUUAGCUUCGUGGAUGGUUUCUUUCUCUGCAGCUGCAUGUACAUCUGCGGUGGGUUCCGGCUGGUGCAGCAGGACAUUCGACGAGUAUUUGCCGAUUUGCAUGGCGACACCGUGGAGGUCUUUACCGAGUCGAUGAAUGUGGACAUUCGGCGGCGGCUGGGCGUUAUCGUCGAGCGGCACAAUGCGAUUAUCGAUUUGUGCACGGACCUAACACGCCAGUUUACCGUUAUCGUUUUAAUGCAUUUCCUGUCUGCCGCUUUCGUCCUGUGCUCGACCAUCCUGGACAUCAUGUUGAACACGUCGUCGCUGAGCGGCUUAACCUACAUCUGCUAUACAGUCGCGGCCCUAACGCAGCUCUUCCUCUACUGCUACGGCGGCAAUCACGUCAGCGAGAGUAGCGCUGCUGUGGCGGACGUGCUGUACGACAUUGAGUGGUACAAAUGCGAUGCGAGGACUAGAAAAAUGAUUUUAAUGAUAUUGCGGCGUUCGCAGCGGGCAAAAACAAUUGCGGUUCCGUUUUUUACGCCCUCCCUCACGGCCUUCGGUUCGAUACUCAGCACCGCCGGCUCAUAUAUCACCCUGCUGAAGACAUUUCUGUAAGCCUAUGCGGCGUAUGAUUGAUAUCCAGAAUUGGAUUUGCCACGCCAUUCGCCUGAC